AUGGACUGCUGUGAUGCAUCCAUCUUAGUUACCGUUUCGUCUAAACUCCAACACUGUUCUCUUCGCCAGUGUUCACCCUCGGUUAAGACACUGUUCACUUGCAGCCGGACCGGCCGUAGAGUGGGACAGAGAAGAAAUUACCUGUUCGCUCGACAGAUGUCCACCGAGCAAGGCAUGCAUGGAGUGUGCGCGAGGUGUCGAGCCACGGGAGCUCGGCGCUGCCACGUCCGCCGGCGUCCAAUUCUUCUAGGUUACCGGUCGAGCCGAUCAGCUCUAGCGCCGCACUUCAGUAGCCCUACUCUGCUUGCUCACUCUCCCACGACAAGCUAG